UUGUUACAUACCUUCUGGAAGUGGCAAAACUUCAAUGGCAGCUACAAUUGGUAUAGAGAGUGAUUUCCCAUAUGUCAAGAUGAUAUCUGCAGAAAGCAUGAUUGGUCUCAGUGAAGCAACUAAAUGUGCACAAAUUGUCAAGGCAUGCAGUAGUGAUGAAGAUGGUUUGCUUGGUUUUGACGUACAUAGUGAUGGCCAUGGCCAAAGGCAACUAACUGUUCUAGCAAGAGAUGAGCGAAUGGAGAUCACCUCAAGCAUGAAUGGUUAUUGCGUCUCAAGACUAGCUCGAGGGGACAAAAUAUGCUGGAUUAGUCUGUGCUCAGGCCCAUCAAGAAAUCCUACAAGUUGA